CCAUGGACUAAUUAAGGCCUGCCCCAGAGUGAGAGAGCACUCCCUGCCCAGCUGCACAAGGGAGAGCUGGCAGCACUACCACCAAACAUGAAGCUCCUGGGGACUGCCUUCUUUUUCCUUGCUGUACUCUGUAUUUGCACAGUAGGAGAAGAUGGGAUUCAAACCACUACUGUCAAGACAACCACUUCUGCAGUAACAUCAAAAGCUGAAGGGGAACCUGUGACUACAACAACUUCACAGACAGCAACAUUGGCAGCAUCAGUGCUGACAACAGCUAUAGUCAGAGCUACAAAUGAAAUCAUCACAAGCAGUCCCACGUCUUCUACACCUAAUGCUACAUCACAAACAGCACAAGGUACAACAGAAAAACCACAAGCUGUGACUUCAGCAGCAAGUACAAGUCUCAGCACAACAAACACUACACAAGCAAGUGGAGCACAAUCAGCACAAAAUGAGAGUUUGGAUGCUGCAUCUACUACGGGACGCUCUUUUUCUUCUACGGUCUCUCCUAAAACAAACACUUCUGCUUCUGGAACCUCAGGCCUUCCCACGAGCUCUCCUACAAAUUCAGCAAAGCCAACUUCUGAAAGCCCUAAAAGCAGUUCUGGAAACCAGACUCAUACAGGGAGUAAUAUCAGCUAUUCUAAUGUUAUCUUGCCAAUUGUCAUCACCCUGAUAGUCAUUACCCUCUCUGUCUUCUCACUGGUGGCUUUGUACAAAAUGUGCCAGAAGAAAACUCCAGAGAGACAAGAGAAUGGCUCUGAACAGGCCCAGUCAGAUAAAGAAGGAGUCAAACUUCUUUCUGUGAAGACAACUUCUUCUGAGACUGGAGAGCACUCAUCUCACGGGAAGAAUAAAACUCGGCAACUCUUCACAUCUCAGCAAUAAAUAUAUGUGAAGCAGCCUGUUUUAUCACAAUAUGGAGGAACAUCUCACCAAAGUUGUGUUUCAAUGGGAAAUGUGGAGAAGCUGAAGCUUUUUACCAUCAGAACACUUGUGUUAAUGACCAGGUUUUGACUUCUAAAUCUCAAGCAUCUCCUUUCCCUUCUGGAAUGACAUGUAAUUUUUUUGAUGGCUUAAUAACUGGUAUACCACGUAUAUUUAUUAUUUUCACGUAUAGUAAAAGCAGGGAAACAAGGUUGAAGAGAAUGUAAAAACAAGAUGAAUGAAGAUGAUGUAAAAAUUUGGUGAUGUUUGCAUAGUAGCUACUAAAAAUGUUUUCUGCACACACAGGAAGGAAUAUGUCAGCAUACUUUGUUGAACUUAUGAUACCUAGGGAUAUUUUAGUUGUAUGUAGCAGAAUACAAACAAGACCAGACCCUUGAAACAGGACUGGGCAAACAGCCACUAUGAAAAUUAAUUCAGUGAUUUACAUGAGACUCCUCACUGUAGCACAUGCUUUGCUUGUCAUAAGUGUUUACAGGGUGGGAUGCCUGGCUGAGAUGCUGAAGUGUGUGCUUCUUUUCUGUGAAGGGAGGAAUAUACCUUGCACUGAGGCUCUGUGAAAUUCUGUAAAUUACUGAACAUAAUCCUUGCAAUGCAGCAGGCAAUAGCUGGUUUUCACUUGUUCCUUGGCUAAUUGGAUUAUGUGUGCUGCAGAUAUGACUCCCAUAUAGCCUGGCAGUUCCAAAAUAUCAAGUAGUGCUUCUGCCUGCAUGUACCCUACCUUUCUAGAGCUAUAAAUGUUUGAAAGUUGUAUUACUGUGAGCAUCUGCUCAGUCUCAAUCCACUGACUGUAGCAUUCCAAGAAUUACCUUUUUUAAAUUGGGAAAUGGAAAGAAGACAACUGGUGGUCUAAGUGCAGGGCCAAGAUCUGGGACAAUCAUCUAAGUUUUGAUACCUAUUGAUACAAUGCUUUUGAGAAACUUUUCUCUCCUAUUUACUUCUCUGAAAUAUUAAAACUUGCCUAGCAUGAUAGUGAGAGAUUGAGCAGAUUUUUUACUUCAUGUCUAUAGACAAAUCUGAAAAGUGUUUCUUUCCCUGUGCUUGGCUGUUGCUCUUACUUAAGCUUUGGUGGGUCUGAUAAUCUUCUUUCUUGGUGGCACCAUGAGAGACUUUUGGUGAAGCUCAAUAAAAGAUGGGAAACUAACAAGUGUCCAUGCUGCAGCUGAACUUACAUGGUUCAUUCAGGUAUUCCUGGAUCGCUUGUGUUCCUCAGGAGCAGAGAAGUCUUGGAUGCCUACUUUGGAAAGGUCAGGCCAUCUAAAAUAUGCUAGUUGGCAUCUGCAACUAUUCUGGUUCCUGACUGAUGAGGUUUCCUUCAAAAAAAGCCAUUGUGGAUUUUCAUGUUGUUUAAAAACCUAAGGUAUUUUGUAGUGUAUUGUAUCAUAGUGAAAGGACAGUAGAGAAAAGCAGAGAAAUAUUGUGAAAUAUGUUUGUGGUUUUGUUCAAAAUCUGUUCAUAAACUACCAUGUUGUGUCAAGAAAAAAAAAUUACUGCCUAUUAAAAUUUAUUAUCUUUAUUAA